CUUCAGUACAUUGUCUCGAGCCGUUUUGCUUACAGUGAGUCAGGAGGUCGAAAAGAAGCGAAGUCGACCGAGAAUUUAGCAUACAAUAACAUAUAACGCCUUUUAGUUCCUUUCUACCACAUUCAAGCCCAGUUAUGCCAUCCGACAGGCCCUUCAAACAGAGACGGAGCUUUGCUGAUCGUUGCAAGGAAGUGCAGCAGAUACGAGAGCAACAUCCCAAUAAAAUUCCGGUGAUCAUUGAGAGGUAUAAGGGGGAAAAGCAACUUCCCGUCUUGGACAAGACCAAGUUCCUCGUUCCUGAUCAUGUUAACAUGAGUGAGCUGGUAAAGAUAAUCAGGCGUAGACUGCAGCUCAACCCCACCCAGGCGUUUUUCCUUCUCGUCAAUCAGCACAGCAUGGUCAGUGUGUCCACCCCCAUUUCUGAGAUCUACGAACAAGAGCGAGAUGAAGAUGGCUUCCUCUACAUGGUUUACGCCUCCCAGGAGACCUUUGGUUGCUAAGCCGGCCACUCGCCCUUUGAGAGAGGGACAGCAGAGGGAGGAAGAGACGUCAACAGGAAGCAGGCUCACCCAAAUGUACUCAUCAUCCCUUCUCCUUCCUUGCUGGUAUGAAAUAAAAUCAAGCCGUUGUUUCUUCUCCAUGUGACACUACAGUACAAACCACAGCACAACCGUAAACGCUAUUCAGACCCUUUGCCCCAUUUCAAACGUAGUUUUUUUAUAUAUAUAUAUAUAUAUAUAAGCUCAAUGUAGGUAUUACAAUGUUAAUACUUUGUAUUUGGCGCCAGUUGCUUUUUUUCCCUGGCAUUUUAUUACUUUUAGGCCGUUAUGUCAAAUAAUUAGUAGCAUAUGUUCUUGUAAAUAAGUGAGUGUUUUUUUUUUCUUUGUUUUAGGAUUAAUUUGCUUUUUCUGUCUGUUUGCUUGUAGUAAUUUCCUGUUGCCAGACCUUAGUGGUGCUGGUGUAAGAUUGUAAAAUCUUACUUCAGAAUUAAGUGCUUAUUAAUCAUAAUGCAACGUAGUUCUCAUCAAAUUUCCUGUUUCUGAAGCCUUUAUGAGCCUGUGUUUAUUUCUGGGCUCCUGUGUAAAAAUAACUCAUCCACUCAUUGUAGAAUAAAGAUACUGCCUGACAGUAACUGUACUCAAAAGUCACAUUGAUCUGUACUGUACACAUGUGAGCCUAAAGAACUUGAGAUCUUUUGGCAUCUGAGAGUAUUCUGCAGUCUGACUCACAUAAUCUUUAGUAGAUGCAAAUAAAUUGCUUUUUUUGCACAAUUAAAACAUCUAAGAGGACAAAACUAUUAGAAGUUCAACAAUUAUAGCACAUGAAUAUAUAUUCUCCUUUAUACUUGUUUUUUUUUCUAUCCUGUGUCACCAUACGAGCUGUAUGCCUUCUGUUAAAUCUCUAAUGAAGGGAUUGUGAUGCACUACUUUGCAUGAUUUUUCUCAUCCUUUUUUUUUUAUAUUGAUUUAUGCUAUAGAUUUGUUAAUUAUUUCAGCUUUAUUUAAAGCUAAAAUACCAGAAAGACUUUGUAGAUGUUUGGAAACAAGACAAAACAACAACAAAAAAAAAACCCUGAAAUAUGUAUGUCUAUAUGUUUGAAAUGUUUGAAAAAUGUGUGUGUAUAAAUCAUUGUACAAAAUGAU